AAAUUCGCCCCAGGGGUACAAAAAUCUCAUUCAACCGGAAACACAAGAGUACUUGAAAUCUGUUGUAUUUUUGACAUGAUUGAUAGAGGUGUGGCCUUUGUCACUUGAAAUUAUUGAAAUUUCACACAAAAUUCAACUGAAGUCAACAUACCGAGACCAGUGAAAUACUAAGCCAAUCAGAAUUCACUCACAAAGGAAUUUGUGUCGUUGUUUGGCUGUGCUUAACGCAGAAUCACUUAGAGAAUUGGAAUAUCGACUUUUUCGGACAAAAUUUCCCCUUUAUCUCUCUAUACAUCUUCAUGAAAGCAAGGCAUCUGUCACGGUAACAUCAAAUAGAAAACUAGACGCAUAUUUGCGUUCACCCGGGCUCUCUGUUGGAAAUAAACUUUGUUUUUGUGCUUGCAUUCGCCUAAGUUCUUUUUAAUGCAAUUAUUACUUUAACCUGUAACUGUUUUUCUCGUUAUGCCACAGAUGCAGGGUUCUCACAUAUGUAUACAGAGCUGAAAACAGUAUUUGUUAUGUUGUGUAAAGACCCUUUUCUGGGGUGGGGUGGGGGCGGUGGUGCCAUGUAUAAUUGGCUACUAUUUCAAUACUUAUUACUAGACACAAUUUUGAUUUUUUUCUUUUUUCGAGUAUUGACUUGAUUAAAUUUUGUUUUGCAGGAUAGGGGUUGUAGUGGGGUAAGUCUUUUGCCAAACAAGCUGUCUUCUUAUGUUUUCUUUUUCUUGGUUAACAAAAGUUUCAGGCUGAGAUAGCUUUUAAUUAUGAACAGCCCAAGUGCAAGGGUGAUAACUCUUAACCAAAAGAAAACAAAAAGUCUCUACCAAAGGUUAUCACAGAUGUACUAUUAAUUUUAUGGGAUUGUUAGAAUGUUUCUCAUGGAUGUCUGAAAUAUACUUAGGCAUAUUUUGUACGAUUACCUCCCAAUUUUUUUGUUUCCAUUUGAAGAUACUAGGCUAGUUUACUUUAGUUAAUAUAUUUUGGUUUAUUGGCGAGUGUGGUUUCACUAAACCUGGUGAUUACUACGUAACUUUUAGUGUUUAGAGUAAUCUUCAUUUUCCGUAAAAGAAUAGGGUCAUUAAUAGUUAAUGGUGUACUGUGAAUUUAUUGCUUUCCUUUGUUCUUUAUCAAAUACUACAAACUAAAUAGUCAUUUCUUUAGUUCAUGGGCAAACGAAUAUCACUCUAAAAGAUGUAAAGAAACAAAAGGUGACAAGGCAUUUAGCAUCUAAUAUCAUUAAUGUAAUUCAUCAGCAGCACCCAGGCCUAUUGAAAUCACUCUAAUCAAAACCACUAUUUUCAUUUGCCCUUGAAUGAAAAGUGACGAUUUAGUUUGUAGCAGUUGAUAAUGAACAAAAAAUUCAGAGUCUAAUAAUUGCAGUAACUGCAAAUUUUCAUUUGCAUAUGAAAAUGUUUUCAUUCUGUAUAUAUGCAGUGAGGAAAAAGACACAGUAAGAUUAUAAUAGUUUUAAUAUAGCAAUUUCUUGGUGAACAGUACCAGAGUAGCUUUCACUGUAUUCCGGUUGAUAAUCAGUAUUAAACACAUUUAACCCUUUAACUCCCAAGAUCUGAUUAUUAAUUCUCCCCUCUAGCUGCUAGACAUUUCCUUGUAAAUUAGUUAUGAGAACUUAGUGCUAGAUCAAGAUAGCAGCUUCUACCCGAUAAGUUUGAAUAUUCUCAUUACCUGUUAGCUGAAGAAUGUAUGGAUAUUUUAGGGAGAAGUUUUAUGUUAAUCACUUUGGGAGCUAAAGUGUUAAUGCUGUUGGUAAUUCUGGCUGUAUUAAAUAGGCCUGUCUGGCUAAUCGUGACAAACUUGAAAACAGCUGAUCUCCAAUAUUCAUUAUUUGUAUAAGAUCAUUUGCAGAUCUGAUCCCUCGUGUGUUAUUGUAAAUCAAAGAACACAAACUCAUUGCAACACCUUUCUGUCCUGCAUUCUAUCUAAAUACUAACUCGUUACCUUGAUUAUAUGGAGCUACUAUUGUUUUGUUAGGGUUAACAUAUGUUGACUACUAUCUACUUAAAGGGAUACUCUCUAGCCUGUAAUGACUUUUUGAGAAAAGACGGAUAAUAACUUAAAUAAAACAGAUAUUUUGAAAAAAAAGGUAAAUCUUCUCUAGUUUUCGUUAAAUUAGAAACUUUCCUUAACGCGCGGUCCGAGUGUAGGAGCUGAGCCUACAAACGGAAGUGACGUAGAAGUGAGAACUCAUUCAACUUCCGUUAACAAGAGCACCGGGACUUCUUCAGAAUCGGAAACGCGCUACAAAAAUACAAUAAUGUCGCAACGAUGUGUGGCCGGUGGAUGUUCCAAUACACGUAGCGAUGGAGUAAGCCUUCAUAAGUGGCCUGAAGAUCCUCAUUUCGCCAGUUUAUGGACGAGAGCCGUGAAAAAUACGCGAUCCGAUUUUGUGAACCCAAUAAACACUAGCCGUCUGUGCAGCAUUCACUUCGCUACCGAUUCUUUUGAGUAACAGUCAGUUCUAGCGAAAUCUAUGGGUUUAAAGAUGAAAGCCCUUCUAAAAUACAAUGCCGUUCCCUCAAUGUUUGAUACUAAUCCGCCUGUAAAAAAGAAACAAAGGCUCGCGGAAGAAAAAACCUUUUAUCUUCACAAGUUGAUGAGACUAGCGCGGGAUCAUCAAAACAAAAUCGACAACAAUUGCGAGGAGCAUACAGAAAACAGGAAGCUGCAAGGGUAUGUAUUAAAAGAAAUAUAAACCUGUCUUCAUUGAUUGAACCCAGGGUGCUGUGUGGUGGCUCGGCCAGUCCUUCUGAUUCGAUUGCUUCAUUAUUUUUGGCAACAACACAGUCGAUUUCGCGACAGCAAACACAUUCGAGAACUCGAUUCAGUCCCUGAAAAUUUCCACACCGACUCCUAAAAUUUCGAACAUCAGCUUCAAUAGUACAGCUAAAGAGGUAAAGGUAUGAGGAAUUACGCAAGCUUAAGAAUCGAUAAGAAAAAUGUGAUAUACACUGCUAAUGUGAGAGAAUAGCUUUAUUGUGUCAACAACAAAUGCCGCUCUAUUCAAGUUGAAGUCCUGCAUUUUUUAGGCUAAAAACUGCUACAUGUCUCAAAUCUAAUGAUCACUUCACUUUGUGAAGUGACAAACGAAGGAUUUCGCCAAAAGGCGAAAAUUGUAACUCACUGAAAUCGCUUACCAGUCUGUGUUUCGUAAUCGCUCGAAUGGAUCGGCCUCAUCUGAUUCAUUCGAGGAGUCAGAACUAGCCUCACUGUUAUAAGGCUCAAACAAAUAUAGUUGCGUUGCUUAAGCGUCUGCACUCUCGAUCAUCGAAGAUGAACUCGAAGAAGAAAAACUCGAAUCAUUAGAGUCGAACUUCUUUACGAUCGCUUAAAUGUUUUUCAGUUCUCCUUUUACGUCAUGGAUCACAUGUUUAAAAAAGAGCCAGUUCAACUUCCUGUCCUCGAAUUGAGUGAAUUUUGCGCUUUUACACCUAGGAUUUUAACCGAAUGAGAGGUUUUAAGGAACUUUUUCUUCUUUCAGUAGUUAUUUUGACAAAAGAUAUACAUUUUAACUAAAUGGUAAAAUUUGGUGGGGAGUAUCCCUUUAAUUUAUAGUUGCAAUAAUUUGCUACAUUCAGCCUCAUUCUUGUAAGAACACAUCUGUUUGUUUCAAGUAAACAAUGUUAAAUAUCGACUGACACGAUAUUUUACCUUUCUUAUACUUUGACGAAUUCUUUCACGACAGUUAAAAUUAAAAGUCCUUUCAUUUAAUUAUUUUUGGCAUUAACAUAACAGUACAAUGUAGAUGACAUGGGGAUACAUGAGAGAAUACGGGCAUAGACAAAUUUUCUAACCUUUCUGCUCUUGUUCCUUAACCUGUUCAAACUUCGUAUUGGUAUUCUGCUUGGUUCACGAUCACGUCUAAAUACACGAUGAGAUUUGCGUCUAUGCUUCUCUCGAUUAACAUUAGAUAGCUCAGUUGAUAUCGCAUGUUUCUCAAUGAAAGGUUCACUCAUAAAUGUUCGCUAAUAAAGAGAUCUCUCACAAGUUUCACGGACCAAUCUGUUCAGAAAACGCUCGACAUCUUUUAGUGUGGCUCUACCGCGAACGAUGUGUGCAUAUUUUGUAUGCGUUUUGAGCGUAUUAUACACAGUGUCUGUGCCCAUUUUGCUCCGCGAAAGCUUCUCAUCGUCUGCCAUUACACUAUAUCAUGUGCUCAUUAGUCAAAACGUCACGCAUGCGUCAGAGUCAAAAGGUUGUGCAUGCGUGACGAGGACUUGACUGCGAUUUGCGACCUAACGAAAAAAAAGCGUUUCUGGAAUUUCAACUCGGGCGUUUCCUUUGGAAUGCCCCAAUAAUAAUUCGCUAUUUGGCACUACGUCAGUAUUGUGCCAUCAGAUUGACAACAAGCAAAUGAAUUGUCUGCCUGGUUUAUCUUGGGGCUGAAGGCCACCGAAAGAUCAUCUAACCUAGAAAAGCACUUAUCUCCGUAGUUAUCCGGCAAUCGUUGGAUCGAUUGGCGAAUUUCUAGGGUAAAGAGUAAGUUAAUUCGUAAAGGAAGGCUUUGGUCGAUGUGAGGAUGCAGGCAAAGCGGUGUUGGUCGAUAUUGUUGGUCAACUUUAUAAUCUAUACGCAGACUGCUCAACCCGGUAAGUAGAUAUCUAAAUACUUCAUUGUUUCAUAACAUUUACAUUUAGAUAUUUUUAAUAAAAAUAUUCAACGAAUGCUAACUUUAAACAGAGGUUUGUAGGAUUUUGACACCGUUUUCGCUCUUUUUGAGAAAAGACGCUCGUAUACUGCUCGUAGGCAAUCUUAUAUAAUACCACCGAUCGCAAUGGACGCAGCCACGCGUUAUUAAAACAUCUAAAACUCAACGGGUGUUGGGCUCGAACGUUUGUCAACGGGCUUUCUACUAGUUUGUCUUCUACCCGGGAAUUUGGAACUUAUUAAAAGUUCUCGGUAGAUCCUCGCCAGGCGGUGCAGCCUUAUCGAAAAUGCGAAAGUUUGCUAUCGAUCAAUUGACAAGUUGUUACCCUCCCACUCUCAAAAGUGGCUCUCGAAAGUUAGAUUUGGAGAAAAAUUUCUUUUUCUGGAUCCUGUAGAAAUAUAUGGAACCACUCAAAAAGUACCUGAAAGAAGUUUCUCUCGUAGGAUCUAAGAUUAUACGCAGAAAUGCACAAAAAGUAAUGUUGAGGAGAAUUUUGUAUCCUGAAUCACAACGUUCGAGCUAACUUACUCUCAUUAAAUAGGCCCGGGUCGCACUAGGGACGUUUUGAUCAAUAUUCCGUCAAAAAAGGAUUAAUGUCUGUCAUUACAACGCGUUUUCUUAUGCGACCGGUGUUUCAAAAAUUUCUAAAAUUUCGGAAAGUCAGCAGAAACUUCAAAGACUGAACGGGUGGGGCAGGCAGAUUUUGAAAAAAUCGAAAAAAACAAAAGACACCGCUUCCGGAGCUGUCAACGCAGUCAUUUGACCCAGAUAUGACCUGCAGUUAAACUAUUCAAUCGGAGGGAAUUUUAAUAUUCAACCUCCAACUUUCAGCAUGGAUGGAUGUUUUCCUUUUUACUAUGCGCCAGGGUCGUUCCUAAGCCAAAAUUUUCGUCAUUUCGACCCUACAUUGGCUGGACCGAUCUUAGAUCAAGCGGAACCCAGCGGGAUUUUGCUUAAUCCGUCCGAUAGUCCGGCAUGUGUUGUAAGUGUUAGCGAUAGCCCGACCACAGGCGACCCAAGCUCCAGCUGUGAGAUGAUCAUCUUGAACAAUAACAGUCACAAUAACAGUCACAAUAACAGUCACAAUAACAGUCACAAUAACAGUCAAUAACAGUUGUUUGAGAAUAUUUACGACCGCUCUUAGGAAUCAAACAAUACGUCAAAUUCUCAAUAAAAAAUAACUCACCUUACUUCCACAGCGCAUCACUUGUUAUCUGUUCGCUUUCUUUGAUGAAAAGAACCCAUUUUAGCGAGUUGUCCACUUCGAGGUUUUCAACGUACAUAAGAAAAGCCCUAUGUAAGUUGAAAACCUCGAAAUGGACAGCUCGCUAAAAUGGGUACUUUUCAUUAAGUGAUACGCUGUGAAAGUAAGGUGGAUUAUUUUCAUUGAGAAUUUGACGUAUUGUUGUAUUCCUUAGAGCGGUCGUAAAUAUUCUCAUACAAACUCUUAUUAUUCCGCCAUGUCUGUUAUUGUGCAAGAUGAUCUUCUCACAGCUGGCGCCUGGGCUGCCUGUGGCCCGACCAGCUCAAGGUCAGCUGAAGGUUUGGCAGAAAAAAAAGAAAGCAAUACGACAAAUGGCCGCAAGAAGAGCAAAGAGCUCAAGUAGUGAAUAUCAAACCAUGAUUCGGCUGAGCUAGGGAUGGUCCACAUGUAAGGUGCAACACGAAUUCAAGGUUUUCUUCUAAGAAAAGCGACAUUCAGGAUUUGUAUAUAUUCAUUUACCCAUCUCUGAUACAGGAUGAAAAAGGCAAAUAUUUGUUACUGUUGCAUGUCGAUAAUUUGUCGAAGUAGAAUGGCAAAAGCAAAGCAAAAUGUCUGAUUUGGAUUCAUAUUUAUUACGGCACAAUACGCGCCAGAAAUGAAAUCUGAUCGACUGUGUUUAUUUUGACCUGUUUAUGUAUUUCGGUAUUGCGACCCAAAAAUUGUGUCACAUUUUUCGGCUCUUCCGAUUACGGUUUCAAAUUUUCGAAAAUUUUCCUAAGGGGAAAUAUGCAAUAAUUCUUACUUCGAUAACACGACUAUAUCAACUGUACUGCCGGUAUAAAAUCUGUCUCCUAGGAAUGGCAUUAUCCCCCAGCAAAACUUAGCAUAGUUGCAAUAUUUGUUACUACAAGAAUGGGGUUUUACUGCGCUUUUUCACUCCAAAACUAAUAGUAAACGAUUAAUAUUAUUAAAACUGACUUGAAAUAUCAAUUAUUAAAUCUUUAUAGACAAUUAUCCACCACGUGUUCAAGAUACUCUAAAACCACGGUAUGUCGCUAGAUUAGGAGAUAUAAAACGGUUAAGAUGUGCUGUGACAGGGCUUCCACCACCGAAUAUCACAUGGAUCAAAAAAGACCAGCCUUUGCACCAGUCUGAGAGGAUAAGAAAGCUAAACAAGAACAAAACUAUUAAGAUCAAAGGAGUCCGACUUGAUGACCAAGGCAACUACACCUGUAUUGCUGAAAAUCCUCUGGGUAAAGUCAACCUGACGCUCCAGUUAAACGUGCGUCAUGAUGAAAUUCUAACAACUACUGGUUCACCAGUAGCAACUAAAAGACCCACAACUGAGCAUCAGGCUAGAGGUAGGCAAUCAUAUAAGAUCUACAGAGAAGCACCUCAUCAUGAGUUUGUUCAUAAUGGUUCAACCUUCUUGAUUUGCAGAACCAACCCUAAUACUUUGGUGGCUAUUUAUAAGUUUGACUUAAAAAUGAAAACAAAAAUAGGACUGCAGAAACGCUUUCGGCGACUUUUCGACACUUUGCACCCUAGGCCCAGAUCAUCCACCAUCGAGUACGCACAAGUAUCUAAGCCGGCAUACACUUUUUUUUGUAAGAACCUUUUCUUUUUACAAGAACGUUCAGGUUGGAAUAAACCAAAUUUUUAAAACAAACUUAGAACACACCCAGGCUGAGAGUCAGUUAAGGUCGUCUAUAUUUUGCCCCUUUCCGUCAGAAGUGUAAAUUAAUGUGGAAGAAAUGUAAAACUCUGGUCUAACGGAACAAUAACUAAAAAACUUAAGGAUAUUUUUUAAUAUUAGCAAUGUCUUUAUAUUAUUGCACGAUACACUGAAUAACUUUUCAGUUUGUAGUCUAACUUAAUCGAUUAAUUGAAAUACUAUACCACGCUCAAAUCGCAAAAAAAAUUAGAAUGUUCAGCCCCAGCCCCAAAAUUACGCCUUGUUAUAAAAAAAAAUGUAUCCUAACAAGAAUAAGUACCGUUAUUUCUCCCUGACCACAAUUUAGAGAUACGUACCUGGUCUUGAGAAACGAUCUCUUUUUUCAGAUUUCAUGACGAAUCUCAAGACUCGGGAAUCAAGUGAGUACCUGUCAUCUUGUUUAAUUACUUUAGGUAACUCAUGGAUAAUAACUCAUUAGAAGAAUGUCAAUGCACUCAGCGAAACGCAUAACCCUCUUGUGAAAAAGAGACAAUGAAUACAAACAAAGUAAAAAGGAAGGAGCGAGGAGAAGCGGAUAACAACGCGGAAAUUCCAAAACGAACAGUGUACGUGUCAUGCUUGUAGAUGGACAGAGUAGUGGGGCAGAUAACACGUUACAUGCGCGCGUUGCUGUUGCACUCUUCGCCGAGUUAAUUGUUCUUUCGGUUGAACCGAUGGCUAGUUUGUUUUGCAAUUUUUUUUUGAUUUUUGAUUCUGUGCCGUCCGAUUGUUUGUAAUCAUCCGCGUGAUCAGAAAAUCGGACUCCCAUUUAUCGUUCGUCCGAUUACGUAAAUCACUCGUUUGAUUACAGACCGAAUAGGACCCCACUCGUUUCUAUUAUAAUUUUUAUCACCAUUACUAAUCAUUCAUCCACUCGGUUCAACGGUAUGUACGAGCUUUAUUAUUUUGUUUUUGUUUCUGUUUUUGCACUUUAGCAGGAGCACCAAUAUUUAGUGAUCCAAACUUGCUGAAGAGAUCGUUCAGGGCAUGGCCUGCAUCACACUCCAUACGACUAAAAUGUCAAGCAAUUGGUGCACCACCGCUCAAAUACAAAUGGUUGAAGGAUGGAAAGGACUUAAAGAAACGACUUAAAAAUGCAAAUGUUGAUACGUCCCUUUGGUACCUGAAAUAUAUUAUGGGUGCAACUGUUAAUACUUCACUUUGGUACCUGACACUGCGAGAUCUUGUACCCGCUGAUUCUGGGAGAUACACUUGUAUAGUGUCCAAUCUAUAUGAAUCAAUAAAUCACACCUUUACGCUUCAAGUUGUUAGUAAGUCCAGUUAAACAUACCGUAGAGGAUUCAUCAAGAAGCAAACUUCAACAGUGCACAUAUUUUUUAUGAUUGUGUUGAAGUAGUUUCAACAGCUUUAUUUAAUUCAAUCCGCAAAAACUUCACAUCUUACUUUUGAAGAGUUUUCCGCCAAACUAAGUAAUGUUGUAGCAUCUUUUGAGCUCUUUGCAUAUGAAUUUUCUUCGAUCACAUUGAUCACUUCCUACGAAACAUUGACACAAUCGAAGAAAACGCGUGGCAGACAUUUUUAAACUUUAGCGUCCUUGCUAGAAUCAACUUGCGCGAGGUAAUUAUAACGAAGUACGACGCCAUCUUCAACCAAUCAGAGCGUGCGCAUGUCUAUAAUCACAGGAGCAAUUAUACUAAUCAUAAUUAAGCAACACUUUUUUCCAUGUUUACAUAGCCACCUCUAAUCACUCAAAGAGUUAGAUUUCCUAACCUUUGGGAAUUCUUCUUACCCCUCGGGUGUUUAGAGGUAGGUAAGUGAAGAAGGAAAAAAGUCGAGUUGAACACUCGAAGACAACUUCCAUAUCUACGCGCGCCAUUGUAUUAUUCUCUAAAAAUUUUUUUUCUGGCUUCUGAUUUGUACAUCAUGAAGUAAUAUUUUUAGAGCUUCAAGUAUCUUCUCUUCAAAAUUAUCUUCCCUUUUCUCAACAGCUAGACCUCGGUCAGCUCCGAUCCUACAGACAGGUCUUCCAAAGAACAGAACUGUGCAACUUGGAGAUAAUGUAACAUUUACCUGUAUUGUUCUUGUUAGUGGAACUUCCCUGGAUUUCAGAUGGCUUAAAUGGAACAAAUCCGUCAAUUCUAUUCCGAAAACUUACAAUGAAAUUUUAAAUGGAUCAUAUCGCCUUAUAGACCCAUACUAUUACAAGACCGUUCGAGUAAAAAGUAAUUAUGGUGUCGAGUUGAAUAUUGUAAAUGUGACUGAGGACGAUUUUGGACUCUACACUUGCCUUGUGAGCAAUCAUAUCGGCAACGAUUUCAGUAGUGCAUUCCUCAGCAAAAAUGUGCAACCCAAGGAUGCUGUUACGGGUUAGUAUCUGUUAAAAACUCGACGUCGCACACUUUCACGCAUACUCUCCAAAUGACUCCCUUUCUGUAAUGUAACUUCCAAGAAAUCCCCGUACCUAUGCAAAUUAAGCUUUGAGGUUUGUUUGGAAAUAGGACUACAAAUGGAAUGCUACCUCUGAAGUUUGCGUCCUUGAGCAGUUUGAAGUCUCGCAUUUUGAAAAUUAUACUUCGAAGCUUGUACUCUAAAAUAUAACGGCGAAUGCAACAAUGUGCACAUAACUUUUAAAACUUCACGUUUCAGUAAUACACUCUUGCUUUAGAGAAAUCACGUUGACAAGGAUCUCAGCGGUUGCUCUGAAAGUAUUUAAAACCCUCAAGUCCUUCAAGAAAAGUACUAGCUUUUAAAAUAAGAGAAAGCACAAAUUACAAGUUGUACAAAUGUAUGAUCAUGAAAAAAUGAAGACGACGGGAGGUGACCUUAACUACAGCUAUGAAGCUUAUUCUUUUCACCUGAGAGUAGGUCUGCGUUCAUUGUUUUACAUUUCAAACUCUCUUUGCAGUAUGGACGAAAUAAUUUCAACUAGUCAUUUCAUUGAAAGACAAAACUCUAUGUGCUAACAAAUCAGUACUUUCGUAUAAAUUGAUCGUAGUCGACCAUGAUUCCCAACAAGUGAAUAAUCUAAGCCGGCCAGAAAAACUGCAUGUCAAAUGACUUAAUUUUGUUUAAAUUGUCAAUUCUUUUUACAUUUUUGCUGAACUUAGGAAAUCUAUUUACAUCAACGGUAUCGACAGUUGGAUUGGCACCAGUGAGUUCGACUGAGAACCACCCAGGUAAGCUGUAAAUCGUCUAUAGGUACCCUAUACAUGAUCGUCCAGUGGAAGACGCUCCGCCACAACUAUCAAGGUUGGUGGCCACUUCGAAACGCAAAUGAGUACCAACAACCUAAACUGGAAGAAAACUAAGAGGGUGCGUGGGUGAGCAGGUGGUAGUGCACUGUUGCGCAUAGUUCACCAGGAGUUUUUUUUUUCUUUUGAAGCAUUUACAUGCGAAUCAAAAUACCCACGAAUUGCAAUUUAAUCAUAUCUACAUUUUUUUUCAAGGGAAUAAAUGAUCCUCGCGGGUAAGCUGCAAUUAAAUUAGGCUCCUUUGCAGCUGCUUAAAUUGUCGCUCACCUGCUAGGAUUAUUCUUCACUUGAAUUUUAUCCACAGGUCUAAAAUGAAAUUGAUUUCAUAAUUAUUGUGAUCUAAAUUUUUUCCGUUAUUUCUCGACAGAUGUUCUUGGAAAACAACACCCUCAGCCGGUUGAUCCUAACCACUCGAGAUACAUUAUUCCGGUAGCGAUGCUGUUAGGUGGAGCUGUCAUUGCUGCAACCGUGGUGGCAUGUUGUCUUUGGAAAAAACUAAAAGGAACGUUUCCACGUCAGGCUUUACAGAUGGAUGUAAUUACUUAUUCAGGAGAACCAAGAAAAUUACACAACGAGUACGUCUUCCCCCAAAUGUGAAUAGACCGUUAGAGUAAUUUCGUUUGACCUCAAAAGAACGAACCGUUCGACGUAAACAGAGCCAGCGGACUAGUGAACUGAAAUAUACCCAAAUAGAUUAACCCUUUCCAACAUCAGUAUGCAUAUUCUCCAUACUGUUCUCUAUACAUUUCCUAAGGUGCUGACAAGGAGAAUUUGUUUAACAAUCAAGAGCUCCUUUGACUGUCAUUUUCUUUAUUCUCAUAACCUGAAUGUGUGAUUCAGAGGUGAUAUUGUAAGGAGAAAUUAGAUGCUAGUUACCCUUAGGGGUUGAACGGUUAAGGUAGCGAUGGUUGAGAAAUAGCUAAGUUGCCGUAUAGUAACUGUAACGUUCAUCAUACGACUUGACAAUAAACGUG